AUGGAAUCAUAUACUUUAGAACUCUUUCCUGAUAAACAGGUCCAUAUUGCCUUGUUUCAAAACGUCAAGAAUGCUUCAGAACUUAGACAAAGAAUCCACCAACAAGAUAUUACGUUGAAUAUGGCCUUAGUCAACGCGUCUUUGGUCCUUGACAAGUUUAUUGUCUUAUUAGCAGCCCAACGUGCCUUGUCUGACGAAGCAGCAGGCAGUCUCAAGACAUACAGUCUUCACUCUGAAAUUUUGUUUAAUUUUGGAGGCACCAAUAAUAUUGGCAAAACAUUGACAACGUUUGGUAUUACGGACCAAACAACUCAUAUGGUGGCUAUUCAAAUAGGCGAACCAGCUGACAAAGCAGAGAUGUUUUUAAAACAGACCAUUCAAGGAGACUUGGUCUCUUUUAAUCAAUUAGAGACGAUCAAAGACAAACAAGCCAUUCAAAAAGCAUAUCAUGUUAAAAACAAUCAAGACGAUCUGGUCUCAUUUGUCACGGGCCAAAUUGCCCUUCGAGGUCAUAUUUAA